CCGCCGCCGGACACGCAGCCGCAGGCCGGGGCCGGGACGCAGCUGGGGAGUCAGGGACGCGCACAGCCAGCCCUUCCCCCUCCGGCUCCCGCACCGCCGGCCGCCUCCCCUCGCCCUCCUCCUCUCCCCUCCCUGCUCCUUCGCUUUUUCCUCCUCCUCUCCCGGCCCCGGCUGCCAUCACCAUGUCCGCAGGGGGAGAUUUUGGGAAUCCACUGAGAAAAUUCAAGUUGGUGUUCCUAGGGGAGCAGAGCGUCGGGAAGACGUCUCUGAUUACGAGGUUCAUGUACGACAGCUUCGACAACACAUACCAGGCAACCAUUGGGAUUGACUUCUUGUCAAAAACCAUGUACUUGGAGGACCGCACGGUGCGACUGCAGCUCUGGGACACAGCUGGUCAGGAGAGGUUCCGCAGCCUGAUCCCCAGCUACAUCCGGGACUCCACAGUGGCUGUGGUGGUGUACGACAUCACAAAUCUCAACUCCUUCCAACAGACCUCUAAGUGGAUCGACGACGUCAGGACAGAGAGGGGCAGUGAUGUUAUCAUCAUGCUGGUGGGCAACAAGACGGACCUGGCUGAUAAGAGGCAGAUAACCAUCGAGGAGGGGGAGCAGCGCGCCAAAGAACUGAGCGUCAUGUUCAUUGAGACCAGCGCGAAGACUGGCUACAAUGUGAAGCAGCUUUUUCGACGUGUGGCGUCGGCUCUACCUGGAAUGGAGAAUGUCCAGGAGAAAAGCAAAGAAGGAAUGAUCGACAUCAAGCUGGACAAACCCCAGGAGCCCCCGGCCAGCGAGGGCGGCUGCUCCUGCUAAUGCAGAGCCGACCUGCGGCUUCCCAUGACACUCCUUGCUUGUUGUGUUGCUUCCUAUUGGCUAGCUUCCUAAGGGGGGAGGGAACCGAGUUAUCAAGAUGGGAGGAUUUUUCUUUUCUCUCUGUCUCUAGGAGUAGGGUGGGAUGGGGAGGGAGGCUGGGCAUCAGGGAUCACAUCACUCUUAACAGCUGUUACUUAAACAACUAUUUUUUGGUUUGGUUGUAAUAUAUUGUACUUUAUUAAGAUUGCCAAAAACUGUUAAAAUUUAAAAAAAAUUUAAAUCAUGUGUAUACAAUUUUUUGCCAGAUAAAAAUGUAGUCAUUUUUAUUUGAAAGAUGUGCUUUUUGUUUUUGUAUAUUUGUAAACUUAUAGAGAACCUUUCCACACACCUCCUCCUUCCUGUUCUCUCUGAACCUUUCAUCACCUCUGCCUUCCUCCCAUCCCCAGCCCAAUAAAUUAAAACAAUUAACUGAGCAACUUAAUUAGGCUUCAGUCUGGGGCCAUCUGGCCCCACUCUCCAGGCCCUACUCCGUUUAAAUCAAACAUUGGUUGAACACAUCAGCCUCUGAAAAGGUAGCUCUGACUGUGUCCUUCCAUGGCCAGAGUGGGUCGUCAACCUUGUGUGGAGCUGAGACCAAGGCCUGGGGGCUCUAGGCAGCCUGGCAGCAGCCCCCAGGGGGAACUGCUCCCACCUCUCUUUCUCCUUCCCUGAAAAGCCUUGAAGGGGGUUGAGGGUACAGGCA